AUGGAAGGCGAGGGGCGUAUGAUCCCGACAGGGAUCGGCGGAGCUAAGCUGAAGUUCCUUGAUUCUGACGCUGGCAAUACCAGGGAAAAGGAAGGGGAAGAGAAAGCUUCUGUGAACGACCCCAGCAGCAUGAAAGGCGAGGGGCGUCAGCCUAAUAGAGGAGCGCCAAUAGGGAUCAGCGGAGCAGAGCUGAAGUGCCUUGAUUCUGGCGCUGGCAAUACCAGGGAAAAGGAAGGGGAAGAGAAAGUUUCUGUGAACGAACCCAGCAGCAUGAAAGGCGAGGGGCGUCAGCCGAAGAGAGGAGUCCCGACAGAGAUUGGCGGAGCAAAGCCAAAGUGCCUUGAUUCUGACGCUGGCCUUAGCAGGGAAACGGAAGUGGAAGACACAGUUGCUGUGAAGGACGCACUCUGGUUACAGCUUCAUAAGUUGAAAGAGCAGGUGAAGAGUAUGGAUGGCUGGCUGAGAGCACUUCAGAAGGAGCAAGGUGGUCUUAGUCAGUCCGCUGGGGCAAACAGAGGGGCAGCAGAGCAAGCGAAAGAGGAAGGGGAGGAAGAGGAGGAGGACUAUGCUCCCGAUGAGGCAAUCGGAGCGGCAGCAGAGAAAGCAAGAGCUGAGGAGAGUCAGGAGUUGGAAGAGCGGGUGAAGGCUAAUGCGGUGCUGCAGUGGGCUCCCUGCUCUGGAGUCCGGAUCAAGCAGGGUCAACCUGAUCAGCCCGAUGUGGCAAACGGAGCGGCAGCAGAGAAAGCAAGAGCUGACGAAAGUCCGAAGCCACGUCAGCUGCUGUCUCGGGCGGGCAUGGUUCACUACUUGGAUGCGACGGGUGCGUGGGAUUACGAUCUGUGCGAGUGCUGUUUUGACCGUGCUAUAAGCAAGAGGGCACAACGAGCACUUGCCAUAAAGAGCCUGGAGGACGUGCGUGGCCGCCACCUGGGCAGGAAGCAGCCUCGUUGCACCCCUGCCGCAGCACCCGAGCAGCAGCAGGAGGCCGAUUUCAGGAUCUUUAGUGGAGCAAAGGAGCUGCAGGUGCUGCGAGGGGGGCACAGACUCUCGGCGCAGGAGCAGGUUGAAUGGAAGGAGGAAUGGGCGCCUUAUUACUGUGCAGAAGCGAUGCUGCUCGAGUGGAUGGCUGAGCCUCGUGUGGGUGUGCUCAUGGACCUAGGGAGGAUCAGAUCCCGCCUGCCAUCCAUUCUGGCCGAGCUAGGGGCGGGCAGGCAGGGGAAAGACGACUGCUUUGCGUCCAUGCUGGUUCAGGUGCUUGGUGUGAAGGAGAGUGCUGACUUGCAGGAAGGGUUUGGGUUUUUUGUGCAGCAUGUGCUGUCAGGCGGGCUGGAGAAGGUGCAUGGAGAGGGGAGGGGGGGGGGGCGAGAAGAGAGCUUCUGA